AGCUGCCUUGCAAGUGGAAAUCACUCCAGUCCAGGGAGAGAUCAGCGUGGGAGAAUCCAAAUUCUUUUUGUGUGAAGUUGUUGGAGAUGCUAAGGACAUAGACUGGUUUGCACCCAAUGGGGAGAAGCUCCUGCCAGGCAGACCAGACAUCAGUGUCAGCAAGAAUGACGAGCCCUCGUCGACGCUCACAAUCUAUAAUGCCAACGUCGACCAUGCGGGCAUGUACAAGUGCGUGGCGAAAAGUGGGGACAAGGAAUCUCAGGGCACUGUCAUCGUAAACAUUUUCCAGAAACUCACUUUCCAAAACACUCCAUCACCUCAAGAGUUCAAGGAAGGCGAUGACGCUGACAUCAUCUGUGAUGUCAUCAGCUCGCCGCCCCCAACUAUCAUCUGGAAGUAUAAAAAGACCAGAAUCCAGCCCGAGACUGAUGUCCGUUUCAAGGUCUUAAGCAACAACCACCUCCAGAUCCGCGGCAUCAAAAAGACAGAUGAGGGUGACUACACCUGCGAGGGCCGUAUCAUGGCCCGGGGAGAAAUUGACCUCAGGGUCAUCAAGGUCAUUGUCAAUGUUCUGCCAAGUAUCAGGACGCGCUACACUGAGCUUAAUGGCACUGCAGACAUCAACCAGGCCAUGACGUUGGCCUGUUACGCAGAUGGCUACCCAGAACCCACCGUCACGUGGGCACGAGGUAAUAUCGUGCUGGAAUCAGAUGGAAAGUACAGUUUGAAUGAAGAUGGGUCAGAGUUGACCAUCAAAGAUGUCACUAAGCUUGAUGAAGGAGAUUACCAGUGCAUCGCUAGAAACAAGGCUGGAGAGAGGAGCGAGGAAGUCUCACUCAAUGUGUUUGUGCAACCCAAGAUCACAUUCCUAGAAAACCAGACGGCCUCUGAAUUGGAGGAGCAGAUCACACUAACUUGCGAGGCCACGGGUGAUCCCACCCCCAACAUCAUCUGGAGCUUUGGUCGCCGGGUCUUCACAGAGAAUGAGCAGGCUUCAUGGACUCGACCUGAGAAACACAAGAGUCUGGAUGGUAACGUGAUCGUGCGCAGUGAUGCCCGUGUGUCCUCUCUGACUCUGAAAUACGUGCAGUUCACCGAUGCCGGCCAGUACCUCUGCACUGCCCGCAACUCCAUUGGUCAGGACAUCCAGAGCAUGUAUCUGGAAGUGCGCUAUGCUCCAAAGAUCCAAGGCCCUGCGGCGGUGUUCACCUGGGAUGGAAAUCCGGCUAACAUCACCUGCGAGGCCCUUGCUCACCCGGCCGCCUCCGUUUUGUGGUUCCGUGAUGGCUUGCUGCUGCCUAGCGCUAAUACCACCAACGUCAAGAUCUACAACACUCCUUCUGCCAGCUUCCUGGAGGUAUGGCAUCACUGCUCCAACCCAUCAGCCUUUAGAUGCCCCCUCAUUAAAGUUUCAACACUAAAGACGUGUUUGACACUAAUAAUUGCUUUCUGA